CUGGGGACUUCUGAGACGCUUGGAGCUGUGUCUCCCGUGCCUCGAGUUGCCCGCCUCGUGCGGCUGUUGCGCUCGCCUGGAGUUCGGCUUUCGGAUAUUAUGAGAGAACAGUAAUAUGGAAGAUUUCAGACAUACUGGGGAUGAGACAUUUCCAAGUGUUUUGGUCAACUCUCUAGCUAGUCAUACCAAUGAAAUUUUAGACAAUAUCACACUUCCAUCACAUCUUGGUCUUCCAGUUGCUGCUUCCACUGAAACCAGACAAAAAACUGGUUCUCAUGGCAGACUUUCUGAUCAGGCUUCUUAUAUUGAAAGGAAAUUUUUGGGCACAUUAGCAUCUUCCUGUGGUGGUGAACCUGACUCAGAUCCAAGAAGAAAUCUUAUACCUAACUUUCAGGAAACUGUGGAAAACUGUGAUAAAGCUGCUGAGAUUAAGUUGGAGUCACACCAGAAUGAAUAUAAUUUUUUGCAGAGAAGACAGAGCCAAAAUUCUACUGAUGAUUGCUCAGUUAAAAAUCAGAAUAGCUUCCAUGAAAAACAUUUGGAAGAUUUGACAACUAGAGUAUUUGUUUCCUUGGAAAAAGAAAAUGAGAAUCAGUUUGCUUCAUUAGAUCCUGUUCAGAAUGGAAUAGCAAGUGGCAGCAAUGCUGAGGCUGGCUUUUCCAGAUUUAUAGAAAAUGAGAAAUUACUGAGCUUUGAGAGCCUGGAGGAACAUUCUACAGAUUAUGAUAGUGGAGAUGAAGAGUUCUGUGAUGAUCAAUUGGAAGCUUAUUUUGAGCAGCUUAUACUGCCAGAAAUCAAAGAUGCAGAAGAACACGGUGACUAUAUUAAAAGUAUGGAAUUACCUCCAGAACAG